AUGUCAGCGCCGAACUCUCGCAAGCGCCCUGCGCCGGGGGCCGCACCCAUUUUACCCGUUACUUCAGCGCAGCCGGCUGCUUUCAACACUUCAUCACAGGAGCAGCUUCUCAGGUGGCCAAGCGGCAUGACGGAUCCCUCCGCUUACAGCGACAUUACGAGAAAUGCAAAUACCUUCAUGAUGAGCGCAACGCCUGGCCAAUACAUGCAGCAGCCGCAACAACUUCUUCCUCAGCAGAGCUCCCCACAGCAAUCUCAGCAGCAGCCUCAGCCAAUCUCGACAGCCAUUGCGCGACGCCCCCCAAACCGCGCUUUGAUCGCGUCUGCACCCCGUCCAACCUUCGACCCUGCAGCUGAUGCAUGGGCGGCCUUUGGCGAUGAUCCUACUGCCAAUUCCAACGGCGGACUACCUAGCGAAAAUGAAAGUAUCGAGGUCCUGGAAGAGCGGGCGCAAAGGGUCAAGAAGGAGGCCCAGGCAAAAAGAAAACCUAUUCCACCGUUCGUGCAAAAACUUAGCAGUUUCUUGGAAGAACAGAAAAAUACCGAACUAAUUCGGUGGUCGGAGAGCGGCGAUUCGUUCAUUGUGCUAGACGAAGACGAGUUCGCAAAGACCCUGAUUCCAGAGCUCUUCAAACACAACAACUAUGCUUCCUUCGUCCGGCAGCUCAACAUGUACGGAUUUCACAAACGUGUUGGACUCUCGGACAACUCCAUGAAGGCUAGCGAACGAAAAAACAAAAGCCCCAGCGAAUACUCCAAUCCAUAUUUCAAGAGGGGCCACCCGAAUCUCCUGUGGUUGAUCAACAAGCCCAAGAGCGGCAGCAAAUCGAAGAAGGGCAAGAAAGACGACGGGGACAUCGAUAGCGACGAGGAUAUCGGGAUUGACGAACCGCUAGCUCACAUGCCGGGCCUGAACAACCAGCAGAGUCGCCCCUACGGUCCUGGCAGUAGCGAACUCGGACCGCUGCAGAAGAAGGAUUUCCAGACCAUCAAAGACGAGCUGAGCACCCUGCAGACGCGGCAGGCCCAGAUUUCGAAGGUGAUGCAGCGGCUUGUCGCUGACAACGCGCAGCUACAGUCACAGGCGCGGAUAUUCCAAACUAUGCACGAACGGCAUGAAAAUUCGAUAAACGCCAUUCUCAACUUCCUCGCCAAUGUGUUCCGUAAGUCAUUAGAGGAGCAGGGGGGGGUGCAGAGUGUGACGGAGCUACUCGCCAGCAUCCUGCCAAACGGACAGAUGCCCCAAGGUAGCGUUGUUGAUGUCAGCGACGACUUCGACACACAACGAACACCUGUGUCUACCACGAUGAAUACGCCACCCAAGAGGCAACGGCUUUUGCCUCCCAUCCCAAGGCAAGCAUCUACAUCCUCAUCACCAUCUCCCGGUCGUACAGGGGCAGCUAUGUCUCCGGCACACCAGGCGUCGUCGAGCACCCCGAACUCAGCCCACUCCGGCAUCCGUGUUGGGCCCAUGGGCUCGGUGACGGAACUGCUUGACACACAGAACGACCUGGGAUCGUCCAACUACCUCCAACAAGAGCUACAGACCAACCCACAGGAGGGCAUGCUAAAGAUAAUCCACGACACGAAUGCAAACACCCCCACCUCCACGUCUGGCAUUGAUCUCCCGGAGGUAGCGGCAACCACACCUGUCAACCUCAGCAGCGACCAGCGAAACCGUGUACUUAGCAUCAUGUCCGGCCAAAAUCAUGGCCAAUCCAACGGGACCAGCAUGACAGGAAUGUCCACCACGGCACCCCCUCUCACGAGUCCUGGCACUGCUUCCCUCUCAGACCAAUUCUCGCUUCCGACAAAUUUGGCUGGGAGCAGGGCUUCAGGGAUGCCCAUCCUAGAACCCAUCACGAUGCCUCAAAUGAAUCCUAGUAUGGGUAACAGCUUUGGAGGCAUGUCUGUGAUGCCCGACGCUUAUGGAAAUGCUUCUACCGAGGGCGUUGGCAGUGGCAACAGUGGCAACAGUACAGCGGGACCAUCCUCUUCUGCUGCCACAUCGAUUUCACCAAUCCUAUCCCAGAUACCAAGUAUACCUGCUCCCCCCUCGCUGCAUGACAUCUCCAACACACAGGCCGAGAUAGAAGCUCUCCAGAAGCUGCAGGAUGAACAGAAUGCAAAGAUCACAGACCUGUCUCAACUGUUGGGCCCACUAAGUCCAUCUGGCCGAGUACCGGGCAUCGAAGAGAGCGAAGGCGCUGGGGGUGGGGGGCUUGGUGGGGGGCAGAGCCCUGGCUACUUUGAUCUCGGCCAGUAUUUGGACCCGACUGCGUUUGGUGAAGAUUUUAAUUUCGCAACGGGCGAUUUGGGUGGUGGCGUUGGCAAUAUGACAUCAAAUUCGAUGGGUGUGACAGUUCCGCUGUCUACCGACGAUGACUUCAAUUUUGGAUUUGACGACGCUGUGGGCAAGGUUGAAAACGAGUCGCCAAGUCCUGCAGGAACGGAGGAAAUUCCACGGGCAGAUCUGACAACAGGUAGCAACAACGAAUCGGUGAAGCGCAGGCGAGUCAGCUAA